AUGGAGCCUGACCCGUUGAUGCCCUACGAUGACCCAUCCCGAGCGCACUUUCCCUCCUCGGCCUCUGCUGCCUCCUUCCGCCUUGAUGAGGGCUUCUCAGAGGAUACCCCAAGCCAAGAUGAAAACAACCGAAUUGCGUUGGACAGAUUACAAGAAUGGAUCAUGUCCCAAUCGGAGGAAAACCGCAUGGAUAUAGCAUACGAGAUCUUGCGAACACUGCGAACCUCAAACAUAGCAGCCGUGGUGGAUCGAUUGACGCCGCAUCUACAUAUGGACCCGCUUGAAAAGUUACCACCUGAGAUCACGAGCGAGAUCUUUGCAUAUCUGGGUGCUUCUGACUUGUUGACUGCUUCAUUGGCCUCGCACAAUUGGCAAGACAGGAUUCAGGACACCCGUCUCUGGCAACAGCAGUUUGAAAGUCAAGGCUGGCUUGUCGAGCCUAAGGAGCUGAAGUCGUUUGAGGAUUCAAUAACCCGCGAGAAAAGCAGAAACCGGAGAGGAAAGAGCAGAGUGGUCUCGGGUGACACGGCCGAGCAGCCUCAACUUAAGAAGCGAGCUACAUCUGAUCUCCUUGAGACGAACCGCCGACAGCCGCCUGUGGACCUUCCCAAUUGGGGCGAGCAACACGGCGCCAUUGAGAUCGACAGCGAUGUUCAGCAGGAUUUCAGCGACCAGGAAAUGGUGGAUGCCCCGACCAGCGUGCAGGCGUCCCCUCAACGUCGCAAUAAGCGACACAGCCACGAUUCCAGCGACGAAAUGGAGUAUUAUCCAGCACCAAGCAACUCAACGUUGGCUCAGCUUGGAACUGGUCGGAACGACAGCGAUUCGCGCUCGAGAUCGCGCCUCACUGUCGCCGAUGAGAAGGGCGAAGAACGCCUGAACUGGGCGUAUCUUUACAAACAGAGACACCGCCUCGAAAACAACUGGCUGCAAGGGAGAUAUUCCACGUUUCAGCUGCCGGAUCCUGCCUAUCCCAUGGAAGCACACACGGAGUGCGUGUACUGCAUCCAAUUUUUCGGGAAGUGGCUCGUCAGUGGAAGUCGAGAUAAAAGUUUACGAAUCUGGGAUCUGGAAACGCGCCGUCUUCGUGGCAGGCCCCUGAUCGGGCACUCGCAGUCCGUGCUAUGCCUCCAGUUUGAUCCGUCCGAGGGUGAAGAUAUCAUUGUCUCUGGAAGCAGCGAUUCUAGCGUCAUUAUCUGGAAGUUUUCCACGGGUCAGAAGCUCCAUGAGAUCCCAUCCGCCCACGACGAAUCUGUUCUCAAUCUCCGCUUCGACAAGCGGUUCCUUGUCACAUGCUCCAAGGAUAAGAAGAUCAAAGUUUGGAAUCGACAUAAUCUUGCACCCAACGAGCCCGAUUUCCCUCGAAUUGCGCCGGGCACAGAGACUGUCCGGGCGCCAACUCACAUGAUUGACCUGGCGAGCAUGGAGCCGUCUUUGCUCGAGGCCCGGCUUGCUAAUGGCUCCAUAAAGCCCAUCAAGGCAUGGUCGCACAUGCUGACGUUUGUUGGCCAUGGAGCUGCCGUCAAUGCUAUACAGAUCAGCGGCGAUUUGAUAGUAUCAGCGUCAGGCGAUCGGAUGAUCAAGGUCUGGAAUGUGCUCAACGGCAAAAUGGUGAAGUCUAUUCCUGGACAUCUCAAGGGCAUUGCCUGUGUACAGUUCGACAGCAAGCGAAUUGUCAGUGGGAGUAGUGACAACACUGUGCGCAUCUUUGACCUUGAAGCUGGGACCGAAGUCGCCGAGCUCAAGGGUCACUCCAACCUCGUCAGAACCGUGCAAGCCGGCUUCGUUGAUUUGCCAGGUUGCGAGACGGAUUAUGCCGCCCAGGCGCGAGAAGCAGAGGUCAAGUUCCAACGUGAUGUUGAAUCUGGGCGUGUGAUUGACGAUCGUGGCUACAGUCGGCGACUACGAGCCGGAGAAUUCGGCAGCUCACGAGUGUCGUUUGGUUCCAAGCUGCCUCCUGGUGGUGGUGGAAGCAAAUGGGCCAAGAUUGUGUCUGGGUCCUAUGAUGAAUCCAUUAUAAUCUGGAGGAAGAAUCCUCAAGGCGAUUGGGUUAUCGGGCAGACUCUACGACAAGAGACUUCACAACGGCCAGCCCGAAGAAAUCAUCCUCAACAAAUUGCGGGACAAGUGCCUCCGGCAGCACAGGCUCCACCUGCUCCAGUGCCGCCUGCUCCUGCGCCGACACCUGCUCUUCCAGCACCAGGUCCAGCCCAAGCGCCCCCCUUUAACGUUCAGGCUGGACAGGCACUGUUCCCGCCUUCAACUACGAAUGGCCCAGGGGCGAUAAAUCCGUCUAGCAUCAUGGGCCAGGUGGUCAAUAGCUCCUUUUCGUCAUUGGGAGCAGGGCUGUCUAACGUCAUGGGGAUCGCUCGCAACUUGAAUCGGCAGUCAUUGAGUGUACCACCGCGAUCAAGCAGUGGCGCGGGCUCUAGCUCGGCAAGCGCUUCAGCUGAGAGCAGUAACAGUCCCAGGAACGCCAAUCGACCCAGCGGGUCACUAACAACAUCCUACAACAUGGCUAUCAGUCACAACGGGCAACAACUUCGCAACCUUAGUGGCCAACACACGAUCAAUCUCGGUCCACAGACACCAGCGUCCCAAUCGACACAACAGCCCAUGACCGCUCCCCAACCUCCCGGUCCUGCUGCGGCUGCUGCGGCUGCUGCUGGGCCACAGGCUCAACAGCAAGCACAGCCGGCUGCACCUCCCCCAGUGGCGGCAGCGCAGGCUGGUGGGCCGAAUCAGCCAAUCCCACCACCUCCAGCGAACGGCCAAGCGAAUAACGCAUCAGUCUCUCGUGUUUUCAAGCUGCAAUUUGAUGCCCGCCGACUCGUGUGCUGUAGCCAGGACAGCAAAAUCAUCGGCUGGGACUUUGCUAAUGGCGACCCGGAGAUCAUGGAGAGCUCCCGUUUCUUUGUCGGGCCCUGA